AUGAGUGACACUGUGGAGCCGUCAUUUGGCAAAAUAAAAGGCUACACGAAGUGGGUGAGGAAGGAUCGUAUCGGCAGGGCAGGUGGAGGUGUGGCUGUUUGCUUUAAAAAUGGCCUCCAGACCCAGGAACUGUCAGUAGACCUUCCUCAGCAAAUGGAAGCACUUUUCUUCCGAAUAGUGCUGACUGACAACAGUGGCUUGCUGCUCUGUGUACUAUAUCGCCCCCCCAGGCAAGGCCGAUUCUCGCUUGACUUCCUGGCGGAGGAGAUGGACAACUUGCUCCAACGCCACGGCUGCAAGAACGUCCUCAUCGUGGGAGAUCUAAAUUUCCAUCUCGAGCAGCAAGCUUACAACAACUUAGUGACAGUGUCCGGCCUCACCAACCACGUCACAUUUCAGACCCACGAAAGAGGAGGCCUGCUCGACCCAGUAUUAUCAGACCUCCCGGAAGAAAGAAUAUUGUGUCAGCAGCUGGAUAAAGUGGGUAGUUCGGACCACCACGCCGUACUGACGAAGAUCCAGCUACAUGUGGCGAGGGAAAAAGCUGCACCUCGAACCAUCUGGCUAUGGGAGCAAGCUAGCUGGCGUGACAUGAGGGGCGCACUGACAGCCACAGACUGGCAGACGGUGCUCACGGGAGACGCGGAGGAGAUGACUAACGCUCUCACCUCAAUCCUGGCCACACUACAGGACCGCCACGUCCCUCACCGCACAUACCUCGCCAAGGCCACAAACCCCCAAUGGUUUGGCUUCCGCUGUCAGAUAGCUGCCGAAGCCAAGUAUGCAGCAUGGAGGAGAUACAAGCAGCGCCCGUCACAACACAACCUCACCAUGCACCGAGCUGCUUGUAAGAGAAUGACUGACACCUCCAAGUGGGCGAGGAAACACUGGGAGCAAGACCUCAGGAGAAAGCUCACAGGCCCAGGAGUUGGAGAUAAGACGUGGUGGACACUGGUCAAGGAGAGGCAGGGUGUGAUGCGGCAGGAGAGCGUGCCCCUCACCAGGCAGGACGGAACCACUGCCUCAAGCAGUGAUGACAAGGCUGCACUCCUGGCAAAAUUAUUUGCAGAAAAAAUGCAGGUUGAGUGCCCCACACGCCCCCCUCCAGUGCUACCCCGGGAGACAGCGCACACCAUCACCUCAAUACCCAUCACCACGGAGCUGGUGGAAAAGCACUCGGGCAACUGGACGCAGGGAAAGCCACGGGCCCAGACGGAAUCAGCCCCGGGUGCUGAAACAAUGUGCCAGGAACUGCACUACCGACCCAUCUCCCUGCUGUCUGUGAUGGGUAAGGUGUUCGAAAAACUGGUGGCAGCCGUCAUAUGGCAGCACCUGGAUGAACACCAGCUUCUCUCACCCCACCAGUUCGGGUUUCGGCCAGGUCGAUCUACUUCCGAUCUCCUUCUCCUACUCUCCCAGGAAUGGCAGGACACCCUUGACGAAGGCCUGGACACGCUCGUAGUGGCCCUUGAUAUCGCGGGGGGCUUAUGA